AUGUCGACCUCAGCCGACGUUCCCAACAAAACACGGCUAUCGCACCAGCCAUCACCUAUUCGUGCUGUGCUGUCGCUGCCGCCGCAAUGGCUGCAAAUGUAUGAUGAAUUUAUCACCAAGAACGCCAGCCAGGUUUCGCAAAUAGAGUCGGCCCUCCGGUCUCUGACCUACAUCAUCCCUGGUCGGUUCCGGGACGCCGAAAUCGCAUCCGAAACUCUGCAUUCGAGUGUGCAACUCCUUUCACUCUACCAUGAUACCCUACUUAUGCGCGCCUUGUCGCGCAUCCCAAUGGCACGACUACCAUCACCCCACAGUCGGUAUACCAAGCACUGGACUCAGCGCAGCCCCAUGUACCGCCGAAUUGCCAUGCUCUUGCAGAUGGUGACCUAUACUCAACUGCUAUGCGAGAUGGCCGCCAAAAGACGAGGAGGCGAACGUAGCAGAUGGCGCGUUAUCGUCCUCCUCGAAGCUAUCAAAGCCAUCUGUCGUCUUUUGCUGCUUCGAGUCACUCGCGCCCGUCCUAUCGUCACGCCAGUCCUACCCGAGCGGGAACCCAUUCCAGAAGAGCCAGAGUCGGAGGAGGAUACCGGCCUGAAGGAGCUGAUGGGCGAGUCGGCCAAUGGUCAUGCCUCCGAAGCUGGGGAUGAAGCCCCCAAGCCCCACGAGAAAGAUUGGUCGAUGCCCAGAACUGGCAUGAGUUUACCCUCUUUACCGAACGCCGGCGACAUCAGUGGCUACCUGUUGAGCAAGGUCUUAACCGCUGACGAUGUCAAGCCAGCGGCAAAGCUGCUGAAUCAACUUCAGGGUAGCGCGCAGGCAGCCGAAGUGCUUCACAUACUUGCACCAUUGGUGUACGCUGUCGCACUCUCAAGGAGCAAGAACAAGAAAUCCUGGACACCGUGGCUUGUCGGGUUGACCGUCGAAUACGCGGCUCGCCAGCUGAGGGACCGUAGUUUCAGGACUACGCCUCUAGAACGCGACGAAUGGAGCAAGAGAGGCUGGGCCAUGGGAUGGUGGACAAUGCGUGGGGCAUUCUAUGAGAACAUUAUGAAGGGCGUCGUCGGAGGCGUCAGAUCAAGGGUACCUGGGAUCAUCGGUGGCAUCCUGGAGGACUAUGAGUAUCUAUGGGAAAAUUACUACUUCAGCACCAGUGCUUGA